AAGUUCGUUUACCAGUCAUAGCAAACCAAAACAAGAAGUAGAAGAAGAAUCAAAAAAACUGGAGGGAGACUUUUGAGUCCGGACUUCGACAUCGUAGCCAAAUAACACAACUGUUUCAGUGGGCAUGGAAUUAAAGAAAAAACUUGAAAUGAAAUGGAACGACGAUUUAAAUCCGGACAAAGCAGCAGGAGGCAGGCAGCGGAUGACUCUUCAUUGUAAGCAGUGCAACGCUGUGCUGGCGGACUCCUUCGGCGUCUGUGGAGAGGUCGCUUGUCUGGGCUCCAUCAUGUGUAUAAGAGUAACAAAGGAUGUGAUUGUUAGUGAUGCAAUGAAGUCAGGAUAUAAAGGAGAGAUGAUUAAUUGUAUAUACAGCUCUCUGAAAUGCCGUGGCUGCGGUUGUGUAUUGGGGAAAGUCAUUCACUCAGCUCCAUCACGUCUGGCUGCAGUUCGCUCCAUUUUUCUCCUCAGCAAGGCAAACAUCCGCUGCUUCAUCCUCGGCAGCAGCUCAAUGGUAAAAGCAUCUGCGGUCUCAUUUGAUCAGAGGCCUCUCAAAGAAAACAUUAUUGAGGUGAAACAACAGUUUGAGACGUUGUUGGAAGCUCUGAUGUCGCACACUGAGAGUAGAGGAGCCGAUGUCAGUAGCACCAGUGAACUGAGCAGUUACAACUCGAGAGGAAUCCAGCUCUAGGAUUUUAAAGGAGGCUUCAUCCAAUCUGCCGCCUUCUGUGUCAUAUGUACGUCGUAUGUUUAUAUAUCAGUUGGAUUAACAAUAAAUUAACUAAAUGACCUCAAUACAAAGUCUCUUCCCAUCUAUCUCAGUUCUGUGAUUUGUGUGCUAUAAAUUCUGCUGUCAAUAAAGUUAUUUUUUUCAAAAAAAAGCUCAUUUAUAAACCCGUCCAGUUUUAUGUGUUUGUUUAUCUUUGCUAGGCGAGUGUUCCUGCCUCAUUGCUUUGCAUACAGUCUUCUGUACUUCCUCUUGUCAGACUCUUUUUAUAUUUAGUCACCUGUAGCUGCUCUGUAAGAUUCUGACAGUGUGCGUCAAGUCAUUCAUUCUGCGGCAGCAUUCACACUUUAAGCAAACAUCAACACCCCGAAGUCCAAUUGGCACCAUGCUGCAUUUUAUUGCUGAACUUCUGAUACAGACUUUUUUUUUUUUUUUCUUUAAUACAAAACCAGACAAGAGGCUCACACAUAAUAAGCAUGCCCAUUUCCUCCCUCUGGAGUGCAUAGUUUCUACACAGGUCACCUCCUCAGUGAAAAAGUUGAUCAACAAAGUAAUGUCAUUAAUCUUAUCUAAGAUUAAGGUUGUUGUGUUUUUUUUUCUUUUCUUUUCAUGGGAACAAAGGUUGUGUUUUUCAGCUGCACUGUGGCUGUACUGCCCCGGUCACGUUUGACACGACAGGGAGCUCGAGCAAAAGCCUCCGUCUCGUCUUUUUUCCGUCUGCGGAUCGGUCGCGUCAGCGGAGCCGCGUUCGGACGCGCUCGCCGUCGAGUCAAACAACUGUCCCCAAGUCGUCAUCUUGUCACAGAACGUUUCAAUAUCCUAAUUACACGCAUUCACAUUACAAAGUUGGAUUAUUGCAUGCAAUACAAAUCAUUCGUUAUUCUGCUAAUUCAUGCAUAUUUUUUAAACCCAUACUGUAUAUCCGUGUUCCUAGACGCCUACUUGCUUUAAAAACUGUGAAUAAAAAUCCGCAGAAGGAGCAUUACAGGUUUCCGUUUGUGUUUUUUUUUUUUUGUUUUAGAACACAAGACAGGAUGAUGAUGGUGAUGAUGCAAGUCAGUACAUAGAGAGAAAGUGCUUUUCAAACAAGUGUCAAGUUCGUGCAGUGAUUCUUUUUGCAGCCACAGUUACUGAAAAGUUUAUAUUUCAAGAGGAAAAGAAAAAAUAAAAAAGAAGAAGAGAGGGCUGGGUUUUUUGUGGAUGUAAAAAUGCUACAAGAAUUUCAAUUUUAAGCAUCUCUCACGUACCGAUCGCUUCGGAUUAUUGUUCUGGUGCUGAAAGAAACUGAUGCUACAACUAACUGUCCUCACGCACGGUAAACCUUAUCCAGUGUACCGCUGUUAUUUAAAGCCAAACGCGUGACUCUCGAGUGGCGGCGAGUAAAACGGCCAAAACGUAAAAAAUAGAAAGAGGCGAGGCGGAGAAAAUCCUUUCCACGGUACAGAAUCCUUUAAACACUUUAAACACCCUGGCACUAAACUCAUGCAUUAUUGUAGGUUAUUGCUUCUAAAACUCUAAUCAAAUACAAUUUUAUGGAUUGAAAUAGAACGCUCCGAAUCCCGAAACUAUGAGGUAAAUAUGUACAAAGCAAUGUCACGGUGAGAUCUGGAAUUCUAAUACACUACGUCGCAUCCCAAUCAGGAUGCAGCAGAACAUUUUUAUUUUCUACCCCACGCUCAUUUUAGUGGGACGUUUUUGGCUCUCGUGUAUUAACCUACCUAAUCCUGCCAAUGCUUAAAGAGUGCAUGGAUACAACACAGCACUUAUACUUAUACUGAGCGUACGUAAAGCGACUCGAAUCAAUAUUUUCUAAUUGCAUACUCUGAUUGUGUCGCACAGAUUAGAUUUUAGGGACGAAGCCGUGUUUCUCUAAGUGUUGGUGUGUUUAGUCGACACCCGUUACCUAAACUGAAACGAAAAGCUUCGAGCUUCCCGACUUAGUCUAUAAAG